AUGGCCAGAACUGUUGAGACGUUCAUCGCCCUUGGGGCGGAUAUAUUCGCUCUUGAGCGCUUGAUGCGCCUCCUCCAGGCCGUUGGCAUGAUCUUCACCUCCUACACUGGCCUCAUCGCGCUCGCCCAGCCCUCGCGCAGCGCCGCCCAGCACCUCGCCGCGCGGCUGACGCUCGUCUCGCUGCAGGACUGGCUCAACGUGACGCGCCGGAGCAUGCGCACCUUUUGGUUCCUGCGCGCCUUUCAGGGCAGCUACGCGCAGUACACCGCCACUACCGCAGGCCCGAGAGGCAUCGAGGAUCUGCUCGACGUGGUGGCCGGCUCGCUGCUCGGCGUCUUUGGCCUGCUCGAGACGGCGACCCUGCCGGACAUGCUACGCAUCCCCGGCCUCGCAGUCUUUGGCCCGGACGAGACGCGGCGGCUCAACGUGCAGGCGCAGAUGUGCUGGUUCGCGGCGCUGCUGGCCAUGGUGCUGAGCAGCGGCGUCAAGAUCCUCCGUCUCUUGGCGGAGCGCGCCGUGCCGGCCAGUGCCGAUUUUGGCGCCGAGGCGGAGGAUGAGAAGAGCGGCGGCGGCGGCGGCGGCGGCGGGAGUGAGAAAGAUGGAUUGGUGAAGAGGGAGAAGAAGCGUCAGGCGGAGAGGAAGAGGAAGCAGGACAAGGAGGAGGCGGCGAGAAAGACAAAUGCGCAAAUCGCGGCGCUGACGCUCAAAAUGGUCAAUGAUGCGCUGGACAUGGUCAUCCCGGCGAAUAUCUGCGGAUGGUCCAGCUUUCACCCGGGCCAGGUCGGCGUUGCCAUGGCGGUCACGUCUCUGAUUACGCUCAAGGGCCACUGGGAGCGUUGUGGUAGAGCUCUGGCAUAG